CUGUCCCAAAAUGAUUCUCUAUAACGCCGUAUGGCGCUGUUCGAUGGUGCCGCGUGGUAAAUGAAGUCGUGAGAAAGAUAAGUGCUGUGAAAUGAAUGUUAUUUACCAAAUAUUGGGCAUUGGGUUCAUUGUGUUGCUCGUACUCGGGAUGUUGAUCGCUAUCUAUGAACGUCUGUUUGGUCCGAUUGAUCGGACAGAUCGGACAAAUGAACAGAUAACAAAGAUACACAGUCUCUAUACGUGUACAGUUCAGUAUUGUUCGAUGUGUGAAGAAGAACAACAACAAUUGAAUCGACAACGAGAACGGGAAUGGGCAUGGGCACGGGAACAAGAAUAUUUGGAAAAACAGCGUCAACAACAAGUUAGACGAGAACGAGAGCGCCAGGAACAAGAGCGACAGAAAAUAGAGCGCCGGGAACGAGCGCGACAGGAAUUAGCGCGCUGGACACGAGAGCAACAGCUGCGAGAACGGCAGGAGCGAGAGCGGCAAGAACGAGAGCGACAGGAAUUUGAACGCCGGGAACGAGAGCGACAGGAAUUAGAGCGCCGGAAACGAGAGCAACAGCUGCGAGAACGGCAGGAGCGAGAGCGGCAGGAACGAGAGCGACAGGAAUUUGAACGCCAAGAACGAGAGCGACAGGAAGUAGAGCGCCGGGAACGAGAGCGACAGGAAUUAAUGAGACGGAAACGAGCACAACAGAAGCGAAAGCGACAGGAGCGUAAACGCCGGAAACCAAAAAUCAAAAUGACGUGGUCAAUAGCUUCUCUUGUGGCAGAGAUUGAAGGUAUCAAGGCUGGAGUGGCUAAAAAAAUUGAUGAACUCUGCAGACAGAAUAACACGAUUUCCUUCAUUUGUCGCUAUCGAAGUCACAUGAUAGGUAAUUUAAAGGCUCAAAAAAUUCGUCAGAUUAGGGAAACAUUUGCUAAUAAAUCAAUGCUUAAGGAAAGAGUCAAUGGUGUCGCGAAAAUACUCCACAAAUCAAAUGUCUUGACUGACGAUUUACGGAGAAUGAUUUCACGAGUCAAGUCAAUUGAGCAAUUGGAUUACAUUUACGAUAUUUACAAGCCGUCUGGUAAAAAAUGGCUGGAAAAAGUUGCCACUAAACUCGGAUUAUUGCGACCUGCAAAAAAAAUCUUCGCUGGAAAUACUUUGGUGAACUUUAACCAAUACGUGAAUCAUUCUGUAAAGCAAUUGAACACAGUCACCAAAGUGGAGACUGGAAUUGCAAUUCUCGUCGCCAGUCUCAUGAUGAAGAGUGAGAAGAUGCUGAAGUUAAUUCAAGUGAUGACAAAGAAUGCAAAAAAUGAUUCGAUUGAACUUCAUUCCACUCAAGCUAAAGGAAAGACGUCACAGAAUUCUUCGGAUUUCAGCAAAUAUGAGCUGUAUUUUGACUUUAAAGCGAAGAUCUCAAAUCUUACGCAUUAUCAAGUUCUAACCAUCAAUCGAGGAGACAAGAAUAAGAAAUUGCUAGUGCAUAUUGUAAUUCCUACUAAAACAAGGAAAAAUCACAAAGAAUCUAUAUUUAUGAUGUUCAAAGGGCAAACAAACAGCACUCCAAAGCGAAAUAAAUACCUAAGAAAAAUCAUAAAUGAGAUGUACAGUAGAAAAAUCGUGCCUUUGAUAACUAAGCAAAUCCGUCAAGACAUAACAAAAGACGCUGUGAAUGCCGCAAUCCAAUAUUACGCAGAUAGUUAUUGGCAAUAUAUUCUCAUGUCGAAUGAGAAAAUCCUAGGAAUCGAUCCAGGCUUCGCUGACGGCUGCAAACUCGCAAUGAUAUCUGAGGAUGGCGAAGUUUUGGACACCACAGUGAUCUAUCCUCACUCUCAGAUAGUCGACAGAAGAGCCAGGAAGUUUGUUUUAAAUGCUUUAAACCACGCAAAGACUACUCUUCGUCUAUAUCUGCAGAAAUACAAUUGUCGAAUCAUCGCUCUAGGCAACGGGACAGGUUGUCACGAAACUGAAGUGCUUCUCGAGGCGAUGAAGGAAGAAUUCAAUAUGAAUUUCACGUACUGCAUCACAAGCGAUCAAGGCGCUUUUGAAUACUCUUGCAGCAACAGUGUAAUUGACGAAUUUUUUCCAUGUAUGGAUGUUAAUCUCAUCGGUGCUAUAUUUAUCGCUCGUAAGCAUAAAAAGAUUGAUGAGGAAUUUUCCAUGCAUUUCAAAAAGUUAAUAUUCGAGGGAGUUUAUCAUCACAAUCCCAAGUAUGAGAUUUAUUUGACUACACACGUGGCAGAAUCCUUGGACGAAAUCUUAGAAGAAUGCAGGAGCUUCGUUGGAGUCGACAUCAAUACAACGGAUGAGACUUGUUUGCGUUUCAUGGCUGGAAUUUCACCGGAAAUCGCACACAAAAUAAUCCUUUAUCGGCAGAAGCACGGCUCAAUUGAGUCUCGAGAAAAACUGAGGAAUCUGAUUGACAAGAAGGCCUUUAGACAGUGCGCUGGAUUCGUGACGAUCGACGAGAAGACAUCGGGAAAGAGAGCGAAUCCGCUGGACAGAACUUGGAUGCAUCCGGAGAGUUAUCACAUCGCGAGGGGAAUAAUUAACUAUCUGGGAUUGCUGGAAAGGAACAUCGGAGAGUAUCACUUUAUGGAGAUGAUAAAACGUGCUGCAGAACACCCUCAAACUGUUCAGCUCUUCGCUAAGUCUUUCUCUACUUCAGCAGAGAAUGUGAGAUCUAUUUGCAAGAUGCUUGCGAGGACACCAUUGCAGGCUGUGCAAGAAUAUCGUGAGGAUGUGUACAAACAGUUACAAACCAAUUGCACAUGGUGUAACCAAAACUUUUCGGGUUUAAAUGGGAUAAAUAGACUGAUUUGAAUUUAAUACUUGUAGGGAUUGAAAUCACUUCCGUGAUAUGUAAUGAAAUUUUCAGUUCUGAGUGUGGACGAAAUUAACGGAGAUUGCAUUUUACAAAUAGAGAAUAUUUUCUAUAAAUGAAAUUCGUGUGGAAUUUUGAUAUUGUUAAAUUCUGAUAAGAAAUAAAUUCGUUAUACAUAUAAA